GCAGUGGUAAGACGUUCUUGCUGAACGCCAUUGCACAGCGAGGCGCCGGUUUCCUUAGUGGACUCAUCACAAUGAACGGAGCCAGGAUCACGAGCAAAUAUUUCAGCGACCACGGAGCCUACGUGGCGUACGACCACAAGCUGAUGCCUCUACUCACCGUACAGGAGACACUCGGCUACGCAGCCGACCUCACGUUCGGUUCGAAAAUAUCCAGCAAGAAGAAGAGGGAAAGGGUGAAGUGGGCGAUGGUGGAGCUUGACCUAGUUCACGUGGAGAACGAUCUCGUGCGUAAUCUCUCCGAGAGCGAACGCCGCCGUGUCAUCAUCGGACUGCAACUCAUCAAGGAUCCAUUGAUCUUGCUCGUCGAGGAACCGAUGACAGGUCUGGACAGCUUCAGUGCGAACAGUAUCAUCUCUCUGCUGUCGCGCUUCGCCAAGAAAUACUAUCGCAUUGUCGUCUUCACCGCCCACCGUCCCCGCUCCGACAUCUUUCCUCUACUCGAUCGCGUCACCUACCUCUGCGCUGGAGAGGUGGUCUUCACCGGUUACACGAAAAAUAUGUUGGAGUAUUUCCACAGCAUAGGUCAUCCAUGUCCAGAGUUUGAAAAUCCUCUAGAUUACUACUUAACCCUCGCGAGUCUCGACCGCAGAACUCCAGCCCGUCUCAUCGAGACAACCACAAAAGUAGAGAAGCUCACGGAAAAGUUCCGACAGUUCGGCAGCUUACACCAGCGUUACACAGGAGAGCGAAACGACGAAUACAGACUGGACCCAUCGCACAGUAGAACGUCAAUGUCCGCGUACGGAAAACCGAAUCCGAUAACUAACACGAUCACUCUCACUAGGCGUGCCUCGUGGCAUCUGAUGCGAGACUGGCAGCACUUAUCGUGGCGCAUCCUGCAUCUGCCCUUCUUCUUCCUCAUCCUCUUCCUCUUCAUCUGGAAGCUGCAAAACAACCAGGCUGGCGUGCAAACUAGACUCGGCAUCAUCUUCUACUCGAUGGCCGGCGUGUCGUUUCUUUCAUGCCUAACCUCUGCGUUUCACUUUGGUUUCCAUCGCAACAUUUACUACCAGGAAUCGAAGGACAACCUGUAUAGCGGGUUCGUGUUCAUCCUAUCGCAGAUGCUGUACAACUUCAUACCCAACGUUAUCACAACGUUUGGCGGGGGCGCUAUUCUUUACUGGCCCAUACGAUCUCUACCGGACUACAUUUUAUACCCGAGUUUCGUAACCGUGUAUCGCUACGCCGGUUACGUCAUCGCCGACAACGAGUUUCGGGAUCUGGACGUCGACUGCUCGGGACCGUCGGUGUGUAGGUACGAUAGCGGCCGCAAGGUGCUGACAACGCUGUGGGGUGACACGAAUUCCUCUAACUUCCACUUCGGUAUCAUGUUUCUCAUGUACGGCAUUCUCUGCGUCGUCACGCUGUUCAUCUAUCUUCUGCCACUCAAGAAGAAAGUGCGCCCGUGA